UAUGGCGGGUGAUUGUUUCCAAAAGAAUCAAGGAAACUAGACUAUAUAGUUGUCAGUCAUUAGACAAUGUAGUUUUGAUAGAAGCUGAUAUAAAGUUCCUCGUAAAUACAGUUUGUAUUCAGCGUUCAAGUCGAUGAUUACAGCAGUUUUGUGGAAUCAGAUGUUCAGACAAUCUUUGGAGACAGACGCAGCGCUAGUAAAAAAUAAAGGAGGAUCUAUAAUAAGCUAAUAAAAGGUCCUGGAUCCGCACAGUGUUUUUCAUUCUCUUGGAGCCUCAGAGUUGAGACGCAGCAAGUGCCUACAUCCUCUACAACCGUCGAUCAGGUAUCCGUUUCGGCUUGAGAGCUGGAAAAAAACAUAAACUUGGAUUGCAACUAGAGUAAUGGUAUCUUGGUAGAUGGGAAAUUUCAUCAUUUUUGGAGUCAGUGCUCUGCGAAAUACAAUGCCGUUCGCAUGGCUGCAACGAUUGCGAGACAGGAUCCGUCCUCGAUCUGAGGGUUCGGCGUCAUCGACGACGCCCGAUCUCAUGGAAGGAGUUCCAGAGAAUCUCCAGGAACAGUUCAACGUGAUCUUCAACGCCGUCAACCACGUCGAGAGCUGCGCGAACAUCCCGUGUAAUACGUGUCUUAGUGGUGUGGCUUUGGUUAAAGAGAUUUCCGGGAACUCUGCCUUAGACCAGGAGAGAAUCGGUGACCUGAUGGCGGAACGCACCAGCUUCUCUCGUAUGUUCGUAUCAUGUUGGCAGAAGAAAGAAUUGCUGGAGAUGUUUACCGAUGCGUCAGCGACGGAUACCUUACUGAAGGAGGCGCAACGGUCCUUCGAAUUCUACCGCGCUCUGGCGGGAAUCUGCUGGAACUACACGGACGAAUCAAAUCCCUUUUGCCUAAGUAUAGAGGAAGAAGGGAGACUCUCAAUCAUUGUGGACUGGAUGCUCUCACUCCAGGACAACACCUUGAACAAAUGGGCCACAGAAAUUGUCUUCAAUGUCCUGAACAUCCUGCACAACACCUGUAGAAGGAUCGAGGACAUUCGGAGGAGCCAUCGACAGAUCGUCCCAGCGUUGCAGAAGUUGACAGCAUCAGAAGACCCGAUUGUCCAAGCAUGUGCUUUCAUGUCUCUCUCGUACAUGGUCGACAAGGAGGAGGCCGAUAAGCUCACAACCAAUUCUGCCUGUGUGGACAACCUUCUCUCACUGCUCAGGCAAUCUCUGGAGAACGUCGAGCACAAGAUCCGGAUUACCAGAAGCACCGGCACCGACGCCUUCAGGAGGGGUUUCACUUUAUCCGCCAUCGAGCUCGUCCAGGGCAUCGAGCAACUUGCAAUCAAUGACGAGAACAAGCGCCUUAUCGCCGAGAAUGAUGGCAUCGCCAUCUUAUCAAGGAUGCUGGAGAUGGAUUGUACAUCGCAAGAAAAGAGACACGCAGCAGAAGCACUUUGGCAACUCGCCUUCAGGCAGGAGAACAAGGAUAGGCUUAGAGAGGAACUUGACUUACUCAAAGAGUUGAUAAGUCUUUCAUGUGGACCCGACCCCGCGCUCAACCAAGCGUGCAAGGGAGCGCUCUUCGAGAUCUACAGCUCCAAACUACCGGAUGAGUUGACUACUGCAAAUACGAGUACAGCUUCACAGACGCCCUCUACGCCUACUGAAAAGCCUUCGCAGCACAUCAUGAUUAGCUACAGAUGGGAACAGCCGUCAAAGUCCGUGAUGAGCGAGAUCAAGGACCAGCUAAGAAGCAGGGGGUACAACGUGUGGAUGGAUGAAGAUUUCAUGAGUGGGGAUAUCAUCGAGAAGAUGGCUAAAGCUGUUGAGAACUCCUAUCUGAUCCUGGCUUGUGUCACAGAGGGGUAUCAAGAGAGCAAGAACUGUCGAACAGAGGCAACUUAUGCGUAUGACUGCAACAAGCGGAUUGUCCCGGUGAAGGUAAACGAAGCAUUCAAGGCCUCGGGAUGGCUCGGGGGCAUCACCGCCGGGAAGAUCUACUACCCAGUCCCAGGUGUAGACAAGGUUACCGACCAACUUCCCAGGAUCAUUGAUCUGGAGAUUGAGGAAGAACUGCAGAAGAAUCCUGAGGCACAGUCGGGGGCACGAAGCGGUGGAUCAGCUGAACCGGAAGUUCGUACCUGGGAGGUCAACAAAGUCCGCGAGUGGCUGACCUCCAACGGCAUCAGUUCCACCAACGAGAGUCUUCAGAACCUCACUGGGCUGCAAUUGCUGCAGCUGAAGAAACAACUGGCGACGGCUCCGGAUACGUUCUACCAGUCCAUGAAAGAAGACCUGAAGGUCCCCUACAUGGAAGUCCUCUCAUUAGCCGCAGCUUUGGAGAACCUCUGAACACAUUAUCUCUUCCUUUUUCAUUGGUCGGAGCUUUCCAAUGUAAUUCAUGUGAUUUGUUGUACGUAUGAAAAGUGUAAACAAGUAAUAUAACUUACCAAAUUAAUACUAGUUUUCUAUGUUAAAAGUUGUGAGACUAUUGUGGAAAGAAUUAGAGUGCCUAAAUAAUUGUUGUUGAUGGUGAUUUGCUGCAGUACUUUAAAAACUUGUUAAUACGAUAAUGUCUUUUGCAAUGAGUUUCAGCCAUCGAUUAGAAACGUAGAUCCCAGUUGACUUCUGUCAAGACAAGUACAGCUUCACAGGCGCCCUCUACGCUAAUUCAACUCCAACUCCUAGUUUGAUAUGACUCGAAAUGUUCUGUAGAUCGUAUAAUCUGCAUUCUCCUAAGCUGGGUUGAGACCAGUAGAGGUGUCGUGGUGGUCUAGUGUAUAUAUGCCACCGGACUGUAGACCACUUAAAUUGCGGAUAAAAUCCCAAUGCGGCAAUAAUGUCCUUUGUCAAGACAUUAAUCUGCAUUUAACACUCGCCACCCUGGUGAUGUAAAUGGGUAUCUGGUAGAGGAAGACAUUUCGGAGAGCAUUAUCAGAGCCGCUCGGGUCAUUCCGGGAAAAUAAUAGUACAUGCCUUUAUAAAAACAUAAGUAUUAAGCGCUAUAAUUAUAUAGAUGUUAGUUUUAUUAAUGUUGUUAAGUAAUGUUUAUGAUUGUAAUGUGCGUACAUUAUUGGUCUUCUUUUUCUCGCACUUCUACUCUCGAAAGUCCCUGCGUUGUGAGGGGAGUCUUAAAGUUGUAUUUUCUUCUGCAUAACGAUCAAAUAACUUCAUGUUUUGGGCCUGCCUCAAAACAGUUAGGUUUGAGCUAAAUGUUAUCCCAGUCAGUUUCGCAAAUUUUGCUUCAAAACAAUACCAAUCUAAUAUUUGAGAAAAAUUAUUUUGAACGUUUUGAAGUAAAAAAAA